AUGUCUUUCAAGUUGGACAACCUUGGUUGGUUCUAUAGAGGAAAGAUGGAACAAUCUGCUACAUUGUCAGAGUCUCUCGACCAUAAAAUUGUAUAUUAUAUGUUGGUCACGUGCACUGUUGUCGGUUUUCUUACCGUCUUCGCCAGACUGAUACAGUUCGCACGAUUAAUGCUCAGUCUAUUCGUCCUUCCUGGCAGAGAGCUCCGCACGUUUGGCCAGCCCUCUAAAACAUGGGCACUUGUCACGGGAGCUUCGGAUGGAAUUGGCAAGGAAUUCGCCCUUCAGCUAUCUCGCGCCGGCUACUCCACCCUUCUCGUGUCCCGCACCGCCAGUAAGCUCGAUGCUUUGGCAGCAGAGAUCAAGUCCAAAUACAACACCUCCACCAAAAUCCUGGCCAUGGACUUUGGAGCCAACAACGACGACGAUUAUGCUAAGCUCAAGGCACUCGUCGAUAGCUUGGACAUUGCUAUCUUGAUCAACAAUGUUGGUGCCAGCCACUCUAUACCAGUACCCUUCACCCAGACGGAGCAGUCGGAAGUGAAUUCUAUCAUCACUAUCAAUUGCAUGGCUACAUUGAGAGUGACGCAGCUUGUGGCUGCCGGUAUGGUGCAGAGGAAACGCGGGUUGAUAGUUACUAUGGGCUCCUUUGGCGGUCUGUUCCCUACGCCCCUCCUCGCAACGUACAGCGGCAGCAAAGCCUUCCUGCAGCAGUGGUCUACCGCCCUUGGCUCCGAACUGGCACCCUAUAACGUCCAAGUCGAAUUGGUGCAAUCUUACCUGGUCACUUCCGCCAUGUCGAAAAUACGUAAGUCCAGUGCCUUGGUGCCGACUCCGAGGGCGUUUGUCAAGAGCGUACUGGGUAAAGUUGGCAGGACUGGAGGGGCGCAGGGAUGGACUCAUACGAGUACGCCAUACUGGAGUCAUGCGAUUUUGCAAUGGAGUGUCAAUGCAUUUGUGGGGCCGGGGAACAUGUUACUGUUGACCUAUAACAGGUGGAUGCACAAGGACAUCAGGAAGAGGGCGUUGGCGAAGCAGGCUAGAAUCAAUGGCAAAAAGGGACUAUGA